AUGUCGGUCGCUCAUCCUUCGACCGCGGCGCCGACUUCGCCUGCGUCCAAGUCCCUAGCAGCAUCACGUCAGGGCUCUUCGAGUCCGCUUGUAUCGCAGGAGCCUGACAGCGACAAUGAUGCGCACGGCGUACAGAUGAUCCUCCGAAUCAAACGAAAACGCAACCAGGAUCCCGUAGACGCACUCAUCAUCCAACAGAAUGAGCGUAGAAACAAGCGCAGGUCCAUGGUGCUGCCGGACGAGAGCGCAGACAGCGAUGCUUCUACCGGCAGAGAUGCGGACACGGCAGAAAAACAGCGCGGCGUCUUUCGUCUGGCCGAGACCGUCUCGCUUCAGUCUUUCUCUGACCCCGUUGCCGCACGUAAACUCCAUCAGCGUAUCUCGGCGCUAAGCAGAUCCAUCACACCAGCACCGAGCACAAAACCUCUCACGCCAUCGAAACUAGCCCAGAGCGUCUCGUCACCUGCACUCAGCCAAGCAGCCACGGGGCUGCCACAGUCAUCGCCCCAGCUCAACGACGACGAGAGCCCUGUCCCAUCCACGUCGCGUGCACACCGAUCGCUCGGAAGCUCAUUAGCAUCUCUCAAUGCAGAGGCGCCAGCUUCGGCGACUCCAGCAUCCCGGCUCAAGGCUCUGGCGUCCGAGCAGAUCGACCGCGACAAGGACCGUAGAUCUCGUAGCAGCACACCCCUAGGCAUCCGUUUCAAGGUGAUUGCCAAGGACCAUGCUGCCGGCAAAGGUCUCAGACGGUCUGGCAGCUCGGCAAGUCUCCGCAAGAUGCGCAGCAAUGUGGCGCCGAGUCGUCCAUGGCAUACACCCGCUGGACCGCCGGUGAUCAGAUCCAAAAAAGAAAAGGAGGCUGAGGCCAUCUUUGGGCGCAUCAUCGACGCAGAGACCGAGCCCAUCCGCUCCGUACGGGGCUCAGCGCAUCCAUCGGCUCCCACACAACGACAAACAAAGCCGACUUCUCGACAGGAUGAAGAGAUGGCUGGUCUUGACGCCAAAUUUGCAGAAAUGCUCGGCGACUACUUGCGCUCCAACAACAUCGAGCCAUCGCAGGAUCUCGAUCAGAUCGCCCAGGGUGCUUCGACCUCGAAAGAUGUAGCAGAAGAAAAUGCAUCGCCAGCAGCUGCUGCUGCAGAGGCAGCCAAGCUCGCCGAGGAAGGCGAAGAAGACGACGAGGACGACUACGUCUACGAUGUGUACUAUCGAGAUAUGCUGCCUACAAAAGCAGGCCCACAAGGAUCCGCAGAGACGGGUCUGCAACCAGCUCAAGUUGCCGGGCGUGAGAAAGGCGCCUCCACCGGCUACAAUGCCGUUCCGGAUUCUAUGGCCCUACCGAGAGUGCUGGGCGGCGAAGUGGUGCCUCCAGAAUCGGCUGCACUCACGCCCAACUGGUUUCCAGGCCUGGAUUUCGCCGGUCCCAACGCGGUGGUGGCAUCGCUCGAGGGCUUUGAGGACAGCGACGAUGAGCUUGAGCAGGCGGAAGACGAAGGUUUCGAGAGCUACGACGAAGGCGAAGACGAAGAUAGCAACGACGAGGGCUUUUACAGGAACGACUAUCCGGAGCAAGAGCUUCCCGAAGCGGACGAAUUCGACUUCGACUGCGACGAUCAAAUGUCGGAUGAAGAUGAACACGAUCAGUAUUGUAACCUCUUCUACGCCGCUACGUCACACAUUGGUGCGCGGUUUCUACCAUUGGCAGACACCUUCGACGACGUUGUGAACACAUCGCUCCAAGACAUCUCGAUCUUCCUUCGAGAGCACUGUCCCUUUCGUCUCGACGGAAUCACAUCGCACAGCAUCGUCCGCUCCCGCUCAUUCCGCUGCAUUCGUUCCUCGGCGUCGUUCCAGAUCUCACGGGUCACGGACCCCCUCUCUGAAAGAAUCGACCCGUGCUGCGUCUCCGAUCCCGCACUCACAGUCUCGCACCUGCACCUGCAACCGCAACCGCAUCCGCGCUCCAGUUCCUUGUGA